AUGAGCGGCAUCGAAGUGGUCGGGCUGGUGUUAGGGGCUUUCCCCCUCGUCAUUUCGGCCAUGGAGCACUACGAAGACGUGAAGAAAGUCAGCACUACAUGGUGGAGGAUCAAAAGAGCGCACAAGAAGGAUCUCGGCCGGGUGAAAGAUUGUCACUUGAAGUUCAAGCUGAACCUGAAAGAGCUGCUACUCCCAUUGGUUCUGGACGGCGUGGUGAACAAGGGUGAAUACGAAUCGCUCCUGGCGAGCCCCGGUGGGGACGGGUGGCGAGAAGAGCACGUCGAGAAUGCGUUGGAGGAGCGCCUUGCGGAAUGUCACAUGCGCUAUGUGGAAAUCUUAGGAGAAUUGAUUGAGACCAUGGGCAGGUUAAGCAAGGAGUGUCGCGUGGACGACGCCGACUUCCAAGAAGCGCUCAGAAGGAAAGGUGAGAGGACCACCUCAGCGACGCCAAACCAACAAGCUCAAACUGAUCUCAUGAUCAAAGCUAAUAUCGCCUUCGAAGCCAAGAGAGUCAAAUACUCAUUCAGCGGUGGUAGGCGCGAGGAUCUCUUGGCUGAAAUCGAAGGCUACAAUACCCGCCUUCAGGACGUGCUGGCCUCCAAUGACCGUAUCUCCGCAUUGUCGCAACAUUCCAAGGUAUCGGCUCCCAGAAAGACGAGUAAUAAGUCCCUAAACUUCUGGAAACAUGCGGCAAGCAUCUUCCGCAUACUUGACAGUCUUUGGAACUGCAACUGUCGGUCAAAGGCGCAACUUUGGCUGCAGCAUCGUACAUUUUCAGAGGUCAAUAUGAAGAUGAAACUACAUCUUUGCCAUGGACAACAACCCAUGCAUGUUACGGACGUUCCUCCUACCUUGCGAAUCCCCAGUGGCACAGGCUCGACCACCCGAUCGACUUCGUCUGUCGCUAUCCACUCUACGUCAGCAACUGGGAAGUUGUCAACAAUGUCUUCUGCCUCGUCAACGGUCACACUGGUUUCGCGCUCUGUGUCUGCAACGGCAUGUGCAGCUCGCAUGCCUCUGUCAGACAUCCAAGCGGACGGUAUCUGCAAAUCCUGCUCCGCUGUUCACGGGUCACACCAGUCAGGCUUGUGCCUAGGAACCGUUAGCGAAGGCGACCACGACUACGCCAUUUUUCCCGCUGUCGAGCCAGUGACAAUGGCAGACAGCGCAACACUCGCUGAAAUGUUGCAGCCACAAUUCGCGGGGAAGUUGACUCGUGUACAGCGAUAUGGGAUCGCGCUCACGUUGGCUUCUUCACAUCUACAGCUCUACUCGACUCCUUGGCUCAAGGAGUACUGGACGGCGGAGGAUGUGUGCUUUCCCACCUACGCAGGCAACGCCAAGGCUCUGCACGGGGAGCCAUACAUUCUCACUUACUUCGACUCCUGCCCUGCUAACGGCAACGUUGUGAAGAAAGACCGAAGUUUUUCCACGCUGGGGAUAGUCUUGCUAGAGCUCUGUUUCGGUAGCCGGCUCGAAGAGCACCACCUGUGGUCGAACCCGGCAUUUGCUGCAGGCAAAAAUGACCCAAUGAUUCGGCAAGCUGUAGCCUGCGAAUGGCUGGAAGACGUUCAAGGAGAAGCUGGUGAAGACUAUGCGACCGCCGUCAACUGGACUUUGAGACAAGCACCGAUCGUUGUCAAAGACGACAGAUGGAGGGCAGACUUCGCCAACAGCGUCGUGCAACCUUUGCAGCGUUAUUACGAAUACUUGAAUCCGAAGCUGAGCAACCCAUGA